AUGAGAAGGUCCAUUUUUUUACACACCCUGCUGUUGCUCGUUGGCAUCCAGCAAAUGAGAGCUCACCAUGUGUACCCGCAACACGGAGGGGACAUUCACAUGAGGAGGCACGCACAGGGGGAGAGGAAAAGGGCGUACAUAAUAAAUAGGAAAAGAGGGAGCGUGCAAAAUGGUGGAGCGAAACGGGGGAGGUGGUCUGGCCGGAUAAAAUUUAGGAAGCGUGAGGACCUCCCAUGUGGGAGGGAAGCUACUCACUUCUCUGCGCCAGAUAAAGACAGCAGGCAUGCCGUGAAUGCGGCGAAUGGGGUCAAUGCCGCCAACACCGGAAACACCGCCGUCACCGACAACGCCGCUAACCCCAUCAACGUGGCCAUCUUCGGGAGCAGCGGCAGCAUCGGCACGAACGCGCUGGACAUCAUUCGCGAGUGCAACCGGGUCCAGAAGCGCUUCAAUGUGGAAGCGCUCUAUGUGAACAAAAAUGUGAAGAAACUGUAUGAACAGGCAAGGGAGUUUUUGCCAAAGUAUGUGUGCAUCCACGAUGAGUCCAAAUAUGAGGAGUUAAAAUUUUUGUUAAAAAACGUAAAAGGUUACAAUCCAGAGAUACUACUAGGGGCUGAUGGGAUGAAACAAAUGUGCCGGAGUAGCACACUCGACAGAGUUGUAAUCGGGAUAGACUCCUUCCAUGGAUUAUACUCCACCAUACAUGCAAUUAAGAACAAUAAAAUGAUUGCAUUAGCGAAUAAGGAGUCCGUCGUAUCGGCUGGAUUUUUUCUCAAAAAAUUAUUAACAAGUCAUACAAAAUCAUGCAUCAUUCCAGUGGAUUCCGAACAUAGUGCCAUUUUUCAAUGUUUGGACAAUGACAAAGUGUUAAAGACGAGAUGUCUGCAGGAUAAUUUUUCCAAAGUCAAUCAAAUAAAGAAGAUAAUUUUAUCUUCCUCGGGCGGCCCCUUUCAAAAUGUCUCUCUUGAUGAGUUGAAAAAAGUAACUUCAGAGGAUGCCCUGAAACAUCCCAAGUGGAAAAUGGGACCAAAAAUAACCAUCGACUCGGCAACGAUGAUGAAUAAAGGGCUCGAGGUUAUCGAAGCUCAUUUCCUCUUCGACGUGGAUUAUAAUAAUAUCGACAUCGUUGUGCAUAAAGAAUGUAUCGUCCAUUCGUGUGUUGAAUUUAUCGACAAAUCGGUCAUCAGUCAAAUGUAUCUCCCAGAUAUGAGGAUUCCCAUCCUCUUCGGUUUGACCUGGCCUAAUAGAACCGCUACAGAAUUGCCGUCCCUUAAUUUGGCGAGUACCUCUCCCCUCACGUUUUACUCCCCCUCACUGGAUCAUUUCCCAUGUAUCAAGCUCGCUUACCAUGCGGGUAGGAAGGGCAACUUCUACCCAACGGUCCUCAACGCUGCCAACGAGGUGGCCAACAGCCUAUUUUUGAAAAACAAAAUUGGCUACUUCGACAUUGCGGCCAUCAUAUCGGACGUCCUGGAGUCCUUCACUCCACAGGGCGUCUCAGACAACUGCGAAGAUCUGAUGAACCAGAUUGGGGACAUUCACCAGUGGUCCAUGCGCAGGGCUAUGGAGGUGUACCAGGCGCGCUGUGAGGGAGCGGUUUGA